AUGUCGUGGCAAACUUACGUCGAUGAACAUUUGAUGUGCGAUAUUGAUGGCACUGGCCACCACCUCUUCGCUGCAGCCAUCAUUGGCCAUGAUGGCUCCGUCUGGGCUCAGAGCUCGUCCUUUCCUCAGAUUAAGUCUGAAGAGAUCACUGAUAUCAUGAAAGAUUUCGACGAACCGGGUCAUCUUGCUCCUACAGGAUUGCAUAUUGCGGGAACCAAAUACAUGGUCAUCCAGGGAGAGCCAGGAGCUGUCAUUCGUGGGAAAAAGGGGUCUGGAGGCAUCACCAUAAAGAAAACUGGUCAAGCUCUAGUUUUUGGUCUGUAUGAGGAACCUGUGACUCCUGGACAAUGCAACAUGGUUGUUGAGAGGUUGGGAGAUUACCUCGUUGAUCAGGGUCUGUAG